UGCGCAUCGUUUUGUUGGGAUUGUUCAAAUGAGUUGUUUUGAAACGCAAAUUAGAAAAUAAGCUGCCAAUAAAUCAAAUACAGCCAGCAAAAUGGCGAGAGCAGGCAAAGAUGCAAUGCGAGAACUGGAUAAUAUUUUGAACGCCAGCGAAACUUACGCAGAUCGCCUGACGGCAUUUUUGCAGCUGAAAACUGCACCGAAACCAAAGCAAAGCAACACGCCCUUCGUUCUCGGUGGCUGUGACUUUUCAUUUGACUUCGAUGUGGAUUUAGUUGAACUACUGCCCAAAGCACAGCCAGCAGCUGCAAAGGAAGCUGAGCCCGAGUGCGAGGAGCACACACUGCGCGAAAUCAUAAACGAAUCCCCGAAUUCAGCUAACUCCAAAGCAGCGCGGCCAGAACAAACCAAAGCUGCUGUUGCGCUCCUACCCGCAAAGGAGAAUGUAACUACUAGCCAGAUGCGAGUCAUUCGGUCACCAAGUCGAUCGGUAAGACGCAGCAUUCCUGGAUCCGAUCGUCUGCGUCGCGUGGCCAUCCAGCGACGUUCGCGCAGCUGUGGACAUCGUAAUCUGCUCAAGGAAUUCAACAAUGCAUAUGCAAACAACUCGAGUUUUCUGCCCACGCAGAGCAGUACACCUUUAACGGAUAAUCAACCCGCAGCGGAGUCAGAAAAGCAGACAAUCUUAAGCGAAGCAAGCCCACCUGAAAGAUCCGCACCAAAACCGUUGCUGGAGCACUUUGAAGACAGUCAUGAGCUGUCAAACAGUGCACAAUCGAACAGCUCCAUCUCGCAGCAAUCUAUGCAGCGUCAAUCAAUGUCGGACAGCAACAUCAAGCGGCGAACCUUCACCAUAGAAGUGGGACCCAGGCCAGGUCAGCUCCUGCUCUUGCCUUCGGGUAAAAAGCAGCUGUCGCCCUCAAACUCCGUUUGUAAUGUCUCUCUUAGACAGUCGUGUAUGCGUCCGAGAUCAAGCGCUGAUCAAUCAAAACUAUCAGUAGCUCCGGCGCGUAGGACGUUGUCAGUACCAUCAUCUGAACCGGAGUACAUUGUGCCCGAAUCACCGCAACUGGAUUUGCAGCAAGUUGUGCAGAAUCUGACACGCAAUUCAUCGUUGGCUACAACACCUUUUAUGGUCGUUCCCAUGGCGUGUCUGAAUGCCAAACCAACUAAUGAGCAGGUCAAGGCAGGUCCAAGUACAGUCACGCCCACUGCAAGAGUAACUAAUCGGAGCAUACAAACUAGCUGCAGAGAAAUCGAUUUAAAUGAAAUCCUCACAGAAGACGAAAGCGACGAGGAGCAGCAAGUAGCUUCAGCUAGAGGCAGCUCGAUACAGCUGCUUGACUUGCACUACUCACGCUCCAAGGAUUCGCGUAGACGGAGUAAUCGCAGAACCCGUCAAGCUGUUCUUAAUAAACCCUUGCAGCCAGCCAUUAAUGGCGAAAAGUUUGCCCAGGAGCUAGCGCGGAUCAGCAACUAUGAGGUACUUGAUCUACGCAAGCGUCGAUAUCGAGCCAAGCAGCAUCCGUUCAACGGACAUCGAGAGCGAUCGAUAGAGCAGCUUACGCUUCCGCAUAAGAUCCCCGCUGCAGCGACUUUGUCCUCUCCACAUAAGAUCUCGGCUGCAGCGACUACGUCCGGUUCGGAUAGUGAUUUUCUGUUUAACAGAAAAUCGAUGCCGUCACCACCUGCUCCCCCUUUGGACUUUAUGGAUAGAUCUCUGCAUCAGCGACGUUCGCGCCUCAGUCGUCAUGAGACUUAUAUGUUUGAAUCAAUGUCCACCGAGAGAACAGCGCUGCCGCCGUUUGAUUUCAGGGAUAAUUCUAUACAGUCGCAGCCCCGGAAAAAGAAAACCAAACAGCGACGCACACGUGCCAGACAUCGAGAGCCACCUGUAACCAGCGAUGAGGAUCAGCUUUUGGAGGUGUGCACGCCGCCCGCACAAUUUCGCUGGUCCAAGUCGAGACGGAAGUCUGAACUGAUGGAGACACCAGAAACAUCCUUGGCAGCACCGCCCUUGCAGUUUAUUGAUGUGCCCGAAACAGAUGCUGAGGAGGAGCUGCAACAGCAAAGCAUACAAAGUUCGUAUAUGGAAGAGCAACAAAAGAAGGAACAGCUGCAAAAAGAGCGACAAAAGCAGGAGCAAGAGAAGGAACAACGGCAAAAGGAGCAGCUGGAGACGGAGAAGCGGAAAAAGGAGCAGCAGGAGAUGGAGAAGCGGCAAAGGGAGCAGCAAGAGGAGGAACAGCGGCAAAAGGAGCAGCUGGAGAUGGAGAAGCGGCAAAAGGAGCAGCAGAAGAAGGAGCAGCAGGAGAAGGAGCAACAGGAACAGAAACAGCAGCAGAAAAGACUGGAGAAGGAGCAGGAAGAAAUGCUGCAUAAGGAGCAGCAGAAAAAGGAAAAACAACUGCAAAUGGAGCAAAAGCAAGAAAGGCAGCAGGAGCUGCAGAAGCAAAAAGACCGGCGGAAAGAGCAGCAGAAACAACAGCAGGAAGAAGAUCAGCAACAGCUGAUAGAAGAAUCAAAUCAAGAGCAAGUGUUGAAACUGGGGCAAUUGCCGCCGCCAGAAGUGGUUUUUAAAAAACCAACAGCGCCAGCGUCGCGCUUAAAGCGUUAUAAAAAGAGUAAAGUUGAAAGAGAGCUGACAAGAUUGACAAUAAAUCUCCGGAAUGAGCCGAUGCCACCGGAUGAGCAGGAGGAAAACACCGAUAUGGACGGCGUACGUCGUUCGAGGCGUGGUCAAGUUCCGCUGUGCAACACGUGGUCGCAUACCGUCAGGGAGCCGUUUCUGUUUAUGCACAAGCAUCUGGCACACUUCGAGUUGCCAGCUUGCUAUAAAAGCACGUCACCGCAGCGACCAACUGCAGCUAAUGGCAUUUCCAUAAAAAACAGACCACCGAUAGCCAGCAGCACCCCUUGCAAUCCAACAGCUCCAAUUUCAGAGAAUAGAAGACGAAAAAAGAAGCCACCACCAGGAGAAGCUGCUGCACAACCGGGUGAAACUCACCUAAACCGAAAAAAAGUUCAUAAGAAAAAGAAAUAACUGCUAAAAUUGUAUAAUAUAUUUCAAACAUACUUGUAUUUUAGUUUGUGAGAAUUUAUUUAAGGUUUAACUCAGAAAAAUACAUUUUUUAUGUUAUUGUUUUCUGAA